GCUGGAAGCAGCCUUGAAAAUUGGUUGAAUACGUUAUAUAUAGAAACCUGUGGAGCGCUUCAUCUACUCUGAGAAUAGUAGGAUCGGAAAAGGCACCCGUGGUAACCAACGAUUGGUGUACUAGUUGAGUUAUUAAUUCUUUGUUGAGGUCGAGACAGCGUUGAGGAGAACUGUAGCAUCAGACUUGUUCUCUGCCUCUCUUUGAUGCAGAGCACAACAGUUGUCGUUGGUGGGAAAGGAACAAACAAGAAGACUACUCUAUAUGUUGGUGGCUUGGAAGAGAACGUGAAUGAGGCCAUCCUGCACUCAGCAUUCAUUCCCUUUGGCGACAUUAAGGAUGUGAACAUCCCUCUGGACAACACAACCGGAAAGCAUCGGGGCUUUGGCUUCGUGGAAUACGAGAAUGCAGAGGAUUCGGCCGAUGCCAUCGACAACAUGCACAAUGCAGAGCUGUAUGGCAGGGUGCUGCGUUGCAACUAUGCGCAACCCAUGAAGAUCAAGGGAGGUGACAAGGGCUUCUCGCAUCAACCAGUAUGGGCAGAUGCAGAUGAUUGGUACGAACGCGCAGAGGCCGAACAGGAGCUGGAGAAAUUGGCUGAGGAGCAGGGGAAGAAGGCACAGGCAGAAAAGCUGAAAGCAGGGCAGCUUGUGAAGGAUCCCAUGGAGGCAGCUGAAGAAGCGGCCAUUGCAGGCCGAUAGCACUUUGCCAGCUCUGAUUCUCUAGCUGACCGCAUG